AGCAUGUAGCCUCUGAAGUGAAACCAGCAGAUGUCACGUUUUCAGAAGUGUUAGCACGCUGAGGCGCUGUUGCAGCCAGGGCCAUUUAAGCUGAGCACAUUCCUGCACUGUGCUCAUAUCGUGGAGGAAGCGCAGCGGCUCCACACGGCUCUUCACCCCGCACUUGGCACGGUACGGACCGGGGCGAGAGAUCACUUCUGACCGCUCAGCCGAGGUGGAGGUGGCGGCUAACAACCCACAACACAGCGGGUAUAUGAGGAGAAAUCUGGGCUGAGGUAACGUGGACUGCAGGCUGCCAUGUCGGAGUUUCUGGUGAAUCUACUCGGAGAGCGGCUCGUCAAUAGCGAGAAAGCCGAGGUGGACGUGCAGUCUCUGGGCGGCAAGCUGACCCUGGUCGGCUUGUUCUUUGGAUGCAGCUUGAACGCCCCGUGCAAGCAGUUCAAUGGCAGUCUAUGCGAGUUUUACACCAGGUUUAAAAAGACCUCGGAACACAAGGAUAAAUUGGAAAUCGUCUUUGUUUCGUCUGAUCAAGACCAGAAACAUUGGCAAGACUUUUUACAAGAGAUGCCAUGGCCCGCGUUACCUUUCAAGGAUAGGCACAAAAAGAUGAAGCUCUGGAAUAAGUACAAAGUUACGAGUAUACCAUCCUUGGUGUUUGUGGAUGCCAUGACUGGGAAGGUGGUUUGUCGAAAUGGGCUCCUAGUGGUCAGAGAUGACCCUAAAGGCUUAGAGUUCCCCUGGGGACCGAAGCCAUUUGCAGAGGUGGUGGCCGGGCCUCUGCUCAGGAACAACAGGCAGACCACAGACAGUAGUUCUCUGGAGGGGCACUAUGUGGGCGUGUACUUCUCAGCUCAUUGGUGUCCACCAUGUCGCAGUUUGACCCGGGUCCUGGUUGAAUCAUACAGAAUCAUCAAAGAAUCGGGAAAGAAAUUUGAGAUUGUAUUUGUUAGCGCUGAUAGGUCAGAGGAGUCUUUUAAGCAAUACUUCAGUGAGAUGCCUUGGCUAGCCGUGCCAUACUCUGAUGAAGCCAGGCGAUCACGGCUCAAUAGACUUUAUGGAAUACAAGGUAUCCCUACUCUAAUCCUAUUGGACACAGAUGGUCACAUGAUCACACGACAAGGCCGUGUGGAAGUGUUAAAUGACCCUGAGUGCCGCCUCUUCCCGUGGCACCCUCGCCCAGUUUUGGAGCUCAGUGAGUCCAAUGCAGUGCAGCUUCAUGAAGGACCCUGUCUUGUACUGUUUGUAGAUGCAGAAGAAGAGGGAGAGUUGGAGCCUGCCAAGGAGCUGAUCCAACCAAUAGCAGAGAAACUUAUGGCCAAGUACAAAGCCAAGGAAGAGGAGACACCUCUUCUUUUCUUUGUUGCUGGAGAGGAUGACAUGACUGACUCUUUGCGAGAUUACACAAACCUCCCAGAGGCUGCUCCUCUGCUUACCAUCCUGGACAUGUCGGCCCGGGCCAAGUACGUGCUUGACGUUGAGGAGAUUACACCAGCUAUUGUGGAGCAGUUUGUCAAUGACUUCCUGGCUGAGAAACUCAAACCAGAGCCCAUCUAGAAUACAGAAACAUGGGACUCAUAUCAUCAAGCUCUUUCCCUUGUUUCUCCCCCGUUAUCAGACUGUUGGACACAUCCUAUUUUUUACUGACAUUUUAACUUUUAGACAUUAUCUUAAAUGGAGUCCUUUUCUCCUGUGGUGCCUUGCAUUGGCUAUAACCUUCACAGUAAUAUAUAUAUGGAGAUUUUGUUUGAGAUUUGCCUGAGGAAAAUAUUUUUUUCACUUAAUAGAUGUAUGUGAAUUGUGGAGAACUCAAUAUUCCCAAAUGGACCUAUGCUCACUUUGUUACCUGUUUGUCACACAUUUCACUAAAGCUCAGCUGGAUGUAGCUGUACAGCAUCAGGGUCCUAUUUUAAACACCUAAGAACACAAUGUGCUUGCUUUUUACAUAUCAAUGACUGAAGCUUUCAAUCCUUUUGUAUUUGUAUGUUCAAGUUAGAAUGUAAGACUUGCAUUUAUGUGGAAAUGAUGGUUCACGUUCAUAGUCAGUGGGACUUUUCUGGUGGUGAUAAUCUUGAAUCAUGUUUGGCACAAAACGCAAAGAGGGUGUUGAAUGUAUUUAUAAUCCUCUAAUUCUGUUACUUUUGGUAUCUACCCUUUGACCUGACCAUUUAUUUCAAUGCACUGGUAAGCACAAUAGUACUAUAAGUAAAGGCAAAUCUAUGUAAACUAAUAAAAUGCAGUGACUCAUUUA